AUGUUAAUUCAUUCUCUGCUAUGUUUAUUUCUAACAUUUCUAUUAAUUGAUACAAGACAAAUCUAUCAGUCAACGUUAUCGGAAUGGUAUCGCCAACCAGGUAAUCCUGGAGUGAAAAUACGUUUGACUAAGAAAGGCAUUAAUCAUCUUAAAACUGUUGGAGUAAAGUUGCUGAACGAACAGAUCGCCAACUUGAGAGGGUAUAGUACGUCUUUCCCUUUCUCUCAACCAGGACUUGAAGGAUUUGUCAGUCUCAAUAACGUAAAUGUUCUUCAAUACAAUCCUCCUCAGGUUUCAGUCGUCAAUUUUCUUCCACCUCGUUAUAUUGUUUUUGGAUUGGAGAAUAUGGAUAUUUCUUUGGCUGGAAACUUUUUUGGUACUGGAGGUCCAAUACAGGUUGGUGGAACGGUUGACGGCAGUCUACUAGGAAUGACAGUAGCCUUAACUGCCGAGUUUACUAAAAAUGCUCAUGGAAUGAUGUCUGUACAAGUACCUAAUUGCUCAACAAUUAUUGGAAGAAGUCAUUUCAAUAUUAACCCACAAGGCCCUAUGGGUCCAUUGGUGAAAACGCUUGAGGCGUUUAUCAACGAUGGGAUUCGUCAACGCAUACCAACAAUGUUUUGUAAGAAACUGAAGCAUCUGAUAGAAGACAACAGUCCUAAGAUGUUUGCUAAGCUUACAAGAACCAACUUUGGCGAACAUUUUAAAGGCGAUUUAAUCGAGAACACUGUCAUGAAAAAGUUCAUUAUGGAUUUCGUAAAAGGGUUAUACAUAGACAAUAGAAAUAUCGCUGACCCCAUAGUUACAUAUGAUUAUUUUGAAACUCAGAACAAAGGAGAAGUCCGUUAUAUGGAUUCGAACGAACCAACACCAUUCUACCCCAAGGAAAUGCAGACAGAUGAAGAUUCCGAUCGAAUGUUGUACUUCUAUGGCUCAGAUUAUAUCUUUAACUCUCUUUUAUAUCACGCAUAUCAGACCAACAAACUUAACAUUGAACUCAAUCACCAUAAUUUACCAGCCCAGUAUAAAUCACUAGUCUCCACGUCGUGCUCUAGCCAAGGAGCCACUUCUUUCGCAUCUUCGGUUUGUGUGGGAAAAUUAAUUCCAGCUUUAGCUAAGGCUUAUCCCAAUACCACAACUUCAUUCGUUCUUAUCCCACAUGGUUUACCAGAAUUCUCUUUCAACGGGGAUGCUGGCGCUAUUCGUUUAUCUUCACGUAUUAUUACCUACGUAGACUACAAGGGACAUCUAAAACAAGUUAUUGUUUCAUCUGCCGACGGUCAAGCUGAUAUUAAUUUAUCAGCUCAGGGCGGCAAACUUGGAGGAGAUCUCAAACUGAACAGAUUGGCCGUAAGAUUGCAUAGAAGUGCUAUUGAAAUCGAACCUUCUGCUAUCGAACAACUAACACCGUUGGCUAAAACAUUCAUUGGGCCUCAACUCAGUCAAGCAUUACAUAAAGGAGUUCCAUUCCCAUUACAGGAUUCUAUAACAUUCGUUGAUCCAAAAUUGAAGGUUCACAACGGUUUUAUUGAAUUAGGGACUGAUUUCAUUUUAAAUGAGAACGCCCUACGCAUGAAAAUGCAAGAAACCUUCGCAGACAUGGAUAUAUAA